UCGGCAGGGAAACCGUCAGGUCCUGGUGCUUUAUUAUUCAGCAACCGGUGUAGAGCGUUAUGGAGUUCUAUUAAUGAAAUGGGUACAUCUAAGUUGGUCACCUGUUCGUCAUUUAAUUUUGGUAAUUCUAUGUUGUUGAGAAAUGUUUUGAUAUCUGGGAGAGAUGGUUUAAUCUGAGGUGUAUAUAGAUUUUUAUAAAAGCUCCUAAAGACAGAAUUAAUUUCUUCCGGGAGGUGAGUGAUGUGACCUCCUGAGUUUCUAAUGGAGGAGAUAGAGCUUUUUUCUUUAUUGACUUUUAGCUGGUUAGCUAAGUAUUUUCCGUGUUUAUUGCCAUGCUCAAACUUUUCCAAACGUAGUCUCUGCAGUUGGAACUGAAUUUUCUUGUCAGUAAUUUCUUUUAAGUCUAGUUUCAGUUUCCUUAGGUUACUUAGGAUAUGCUCAUCCUUUGAGUCAGCAUGAGCGGUUUCGAGGAGUUGGAUUUUUUUCUCCAACUCUGAUUCUAGUAAUCUCUCUUUCUUUUUCUUAUAUGAUGAAUAUGAAAUGGUUUUUCCGCGCAUUACUGCUUUUGCUGCCUCCCACAGAAUACUAGCCGAAACACCGGGUUGGUCAUUGAAGUCUAAAAACAUUGUCCACUCUCUUUCAAAGUAUUUUAGGAAGUCUGAGUCUUUUAGUAAUGAUGUAUUUAAUCUCCAGCAUCUAGUAGGAGUGCUCAUUGUUUGGUUAGUGAGAAAAAGAGAGACUGGGGCGUGGUCACUAAUGGUGAUAGGGUGUAUGUGAAUGUUUGAGAUGUCUGAUAUGACUGAGUUGCUUGUCAAAAAGUAGUCAAUACGAGAGUAGGUGUGGUGCACUGGUGAGAAAUAGGUAUAUUCCCUGUGAGUAGGGUGAUAAGAGCGCCAAGCAUCACAAAGACCAAAAUCAUUCAUGUAUUUCUUCAGUAUCGAUGUUGAUUGAGACUCACGAUGUCUCCCAGCUGGGCUAGACCUGUCCACUUCUGGGUUAAAUACUAAGUUGAGGUCCCCUCCCAAGAUCAUAUUUGUAUCCAAAUGUGCAGAGAGAGAAGAAAAGAAGGCAUGAAAGAAGGAGGGGUCGUCAACAUUCGGACCAUAUAUGUUGGCAAUGCAGAAAUGUACAUUAUCAACAGAUAUGUUCAUAAUUAUAUAUCUCCCUUCUGUGUCUGUAAUAGUGUUGUGGAGUGUAAAAUUCACCCUCCUGUUAAUUAAAAUAGCUACCCCUCUCUGUUUGGAGUUGUAACUUGCUAAAUAUGUGUGUGGGAACUGUGGUGAGUGAAGUGUAUGGACAGCUGACUUGGACAUGUGAGUCUCUUGUAAUAAGACAAUGUCUGCUUGGGUGUUCUUCAAAUGAUUAAAAAUUUUUUGUCUUUUUUCUAUCGACCCAACUCCCCUGACAUUCCAAGUGACAAACUGCAGUGAGUUCAUCCUACACUAGCUUUUGGUGAUGUGUGUGUAAACAAGAUCAAAUGCAAAGUAUGUGUACCUGGAAGUAAAAUUAAUGGGAGUAUAUACAGUACAUAAUGUAUGCUUAAUUUGUACAUAGGCAAAGUGUAACAUAGUAAUCCUGAAUGAACUAAGACAACUAAAGUGAGGACAUGAUGUGGGUUUAUGCAUAAGUGAGAUGAGCGUGCUUGUGAGUAGUUGUGAUAUCCGUAUCAAUAGUGGAAUAUGAUGUGUAUGUGUAGAAGAAUGCGUGCACGUGUGUGUAUUUGUGUGAAUAGCUUGAAUUUGGUUGGGAUUGGACUUUGAGGGUGUAUGAUGUCACUGUGAGGAGAUGCUGAUUGAAGGAGACAGCUGGCAGACAAGAGGAUAUGUGACAAUAUGAGGAGGGGAGAAAACGUGAGACAGAGGGGGGAAUAGAAGAGGAAGAAAUAGAAGAAGAAAAAAAAGGACAAAAAAAGAAGAAAGGCUGUGCAUUUAUACAGUGGGAUAGAGAGAGAAAAAAAAACGGGGGGGAGGGGUAAAGUGGAAGCAGACAGUAACAUUGUAAACGCUACAAGUGUGCGCGCUGCGAGAUAGAAAGAAAAGUUACCUGUUUGAGAUAGAUCAUUAGUUACCAUAUCAAUACAGCCACGGUGUUACUUCCCGGUCGCGGUAAAGUUGUCCAUUAACGAAGAGUUUAUCCACCGUGAUGACAGCUCGGCAUCCCUCGUUGAUGAACUUCCUCCGAACAGGGAAUAGGCGUCGGCGCCUGUCGAGGAUUUCUCGGGGGAAUUGAUCGUUGACGCUGAAGUCCGUCCCCUUCAGCUCCCGACCUCGGCCCUUCACCUGUUCCUUCUGCUUGAAAUGUUCAAAUUUCGCCACGAUGGGUCUCGGCCUACGGUUCUCUGGCUUCUUGGCUCCCAAGCGGUGAACGCGGUGAAAAGUGAUGUUUUGGAUGGCGUCCGCUGGGAGUUUGAGUUGUUGCGCCAUGAAGGCCCUCACCGCUUCUUCCGGGUCCUCCUCAGAUUUUUCGGGAAUUCCCGCGAAGACCAGAUUGUCCCUCAUGCUCCGGGCCUGGAGGUCUAGAAUCGUCUCCUUCAUGGUCUUGUUUUCCUGGACGAGUUGUGAAACUCCGUCGGUGAGGGACUUCACCGACUCGCGGAGGGUGGCGUUCUCCGUAACCAAGGAGACGAUCUGGUUUUGGCUGAAUUCCAGAGAUUCACGGAUGGCCUGGAAUUCUUUGUGAAGUACCUCGACGAGAGCGAGGCGGCCGUCCAGGCAAAUCAGCCUCUUGUCGAUGGACUCAAGGAUGUCUUUGAUGUCAGUGCCUGGCGGAGAUAUUCCUCCAGAAAUAAAGCUGAAGUUGCCUCCAAUCAACAAUGCUAAGACCAGGAUCCAUUCCUCGUACUCCAACAGCAUUAAGGAUCUGAAGAACCAGAACUAUGACCUGAAGCUGCAGCUGAUUGAGGUGAAGACAGAGACCAAGCUGUUAAAGAAAGUCCAGCAUCGCCACACGGUGGCGCUACAGAACUACCAAGACACUGAAGACAGCAUUUCUGAGGUGCUGACACAGAACGACAACGAGGUCCGAGACUUGCAAAAGCUUCUGUGUGGGACGCGCACUUGUCGUAACAACCUGGCGUGGAAGCUGCAGGUGACAGAGAAGGAGCUGACCGACGUUAAAGACAAGAUCCAACUGCUGCAGCGGCGGGUCGUCAAGGAACAAACCUUGCCGGCGAAGGACGAACUGUCUCGCAAGCUGACCGAGGUCUCCGUCCAACUGCAGGAAAAGGACAGGCGAAUACAGGAUUUGGAGAAGUGCAACAAACUUCUACGAGGCUCCCUCAAUCGGCAAGCGGCAACGGAACACAAAAAUAUCACGGCGGCCAGGAAGACGUCGUACUGUCUGCAGACGCAAGUUUACGAGUUAAAAAAAGAAACUCGGGACAUCAAAAGAGAGCUGGAAAUACACAAUAUUUAUGCCUAUAGGCUCAACAACCAACCGAAAAAGAAAGGCAAACUAAACAAGAUGGUCCAGACCGAUGUCGUCCUGUCUGCCCCCGCCAGCAAGGUUGACAGUCUCGUCAAGUCGGUCGUUUCUGAUCUCAAGGAGAAGCCACCUGUCGUCAGUCGUCCCGUGAUCUCGGACAGGCAGGUUUACCAAACGACGGAGCCGCCGCUGCCUGUCCCCGUUGAAUGUCCACCUGUGUUGGAGGACACUGACAAAUGUGCAGUUCCAGAGGAUGAACAAAUCCUCAGUCAGCCACCUGUGAUAGAAUACAUUCCACAAGCGACAGAAGAGAAGAAGUCAGACAUGGUGGCACUGGAGCAGCCAGAGAAGCGAGAAGAUCAGGUGGUCUGGAUCCCGACACCGCCCGAACACAGAGGAUACCCACGAUCCAUGAGCAAAAUGAGACGUAAAUACAUAUUCUCGCCGGUCAUUGAGAACUUGCAUAAGGGGAGACCAGCCUACAGUGGCGUGGACAUGAACGAAUACAGAGCCUUUCAGAGACAGAAGAAGGUGGAGGUUUUGAGUCAAACGUGUUCCGGAAGUUCACCAGCUUGGAGAUCGGAUUACAUAGUUGACAGUUCCGCAUGCGGCGACGAGACACCCCGACCUGAAGCGGUGUCCGUUGUGGCACAUGAAGUCCCCGAUUUGCCUGAGUCCAACCAUAGUGUCUCUGAAAUAGGUGCUUAAGAGCUUAGCUUGUAGUACUCGCUGGAUGAGUAUUUGACUUUGCAUCGGCCUGCUGGAAUAUUGCAGCAGUUUAUUUGGGAGGAUCUUUGGAAGGAUCAGGUCUUGGAAUUGAUACUGAAUUCCCGAUUAGACAACAAUACGCCUACACAGACUGAAAAGGCCAAUGAAGGCAAAAAGAUGUAGGUUGACGCUAAUGGCCAGUCUCGGAUGUAGCAUACUGUAAAUACUUGCAUAGAUAAUAACCUUUGACACCAGCUACCUCCGUCCUCACGUUUAAGGUUAUUCAGUGUUAUCAUUGCUUUGUUUUCGGGCAGUGGUCUUUGUAGAUCAGUUUACGCCAACAGUGAACAUAUUCCUGACCUUUUUGCUUGAGCUACCUCAGCCAUUUUGAGUCUUGUAUUUGAAAUCCAAAAGACUCCAUUGGCAUCAAACGAUAUUUCCUGAAUAUUUGGUUGUACGAAUGUUUUGACCUACCUGUCUACCUCAGCUAUCGUGUGUUGGAUAUUCAAAAUAGGUUUUUCUCGCUCUGACAAAGAGCAGUGAACGUUUUGAAUAUUGCUUCAAAACUCUUGAAAUACCCUCUAUGGACUAAAUGGACUUUAUGGCAGACUGUCGUGGUACUGUGCGGUCCCUCAGCUGCAGAUUAGUCUAAGGGCUUGAGUUGGGGACUCGAAGCUAACAGGUUCAAGACCAGUGGACAAAAGACCAGCUACCGCAGAGAAGCCCUUCACUUUUCCAUCUGCAUAUGUAUUCAGGUAUAUGUGUAUGCAUGCACAAAAACAGCAAUUAAAGGGUUUAAGUAGAGGAUUGUUCUUUUUCUUGCCUCGUGGAAUCCAAAUACAGUCCACUUUGGUUCCAGUCAUGUAGAUAACCAUACCAAACUGAACCGGAGUGUACUGCUUUGGCGAAAACCUGGCUUAAAAGGAGUUUGAACGUAACUUUGACUCGGCUUAUCAAUAAAGCAUAUUCGGUACGUCAUAGUCAAAACAGUUAGCGUUUGUGCUACGGAGCUGGGUUCCUUACACAAAAUCCUAAACCCACACGUACGACAAGAGUUAUUCAAGAAAACUAACUUCUGACAAAAUAAAUCACAUAGGGGCGCUCUUUAACCUCGAAGUUUGCCUUGAAAUUUCUCACACAGCUCAAUGCACUCUGCAAAAACACCCACUUUUGGUACAAAAGAGCAGGUUUAACAACGCUUAUCAGCAAAGGGUGAGUCCCAGUCACUGGCAACACUCCAGGUGAACUCAUGAAUUGGAAGUCCCUCACUUUUGGGUCUCUUAACUACUUAGGAAAACUGAAGGCUGUUGCUAUUUCCGUCCAUGUGUGCCCAGCAAGGAACCGUCCACUGGCUUACAGUAGUGGCAGCUGAAACUGCCAAUCAGUGCUGCUCUUCCUGAGGCCAAGGCACCAAUCCUGCACUGAUGGAGCCCGGAGGCAAAAAUAACCUCAGCAAUGUGUGUGUGUGUG